GCGCCCUGCACGGUGGCGCGUGAAGAAUCUUCGCUGCAGUUCAAGUAAAUGAUGUAAGCGAAAGUUUAGGGCGGGAGAUGGGGCAGAAAUUGAGCUGUGGGGAGACCCUUGAACACGGGUUCCUCACUGCAGUUCAAAAUGGAGAGCUUGAAACAGUUGAAGCAAUGCUCGUUGAGGACCCAAGUGCUCUAUUGAAGUUUACCGCUGCUCGUGGUCAUGGAAAGCUCUCUGCUUUGCAUGUGGCCGCUGGCAAUGGGCAGACCGAGGUUCUCUGUAUGCUUUUGGAUAAGGGGUUAAAUCAAGACAUCUUGAAUCACCACAAACAGACCCCAUUGAUGGUAGCUUCUAUCCAUGGAAAAGUUUCAUGUUUGGAGAGGCUAAUCGAGGCAGGAGCUAAUAUUCUAAUGUUUGAUUCACUACAUGGGAGGACGUGCUUGCAUCAUGCUGCGUACUAUGGCCACUCUGAGUGCAUUAGUUCUAUCCUCUCUGCUGCCCAAUCUACCCAUGUUGCACAGUCCUGGGGGUUUGCAAGAUAUGUAAACACAAGGGAUGGGCGUGGUGCAACCUCACUACAUUUGGCCGCACGACACCGGAGGCCAGAAUGCGUACGUAUUUUAGUAAACAAUGAAGCUCUGGUGUGUGCUUCAACUGGCGCAUACGGAUAUCCAGGAUGUGCACCUCUUCAUUUGGCAGCUAGGGCUGGUUCCUUGGAUUGUGUUCGAGAAUUACUUGCUUGGGGUGCUGAUAGACUUCAGAGAGAUGCCUCAGGGAAAGUGCCUUACAUGAUUGCAGUGAAGCACAGGCAUGAAGCAUGCGCUGCUUUACUCAAUCCUUCAUCUCCUGAGCCAUUGACGUGGCCUUCACCCCUGAAAUUCAUGACUGAUCUUGAUGCUGAAGCAAAAUGGUUAUUAGAAACGGCCUUGAUUGAUUCCAAUAAGAAAAGAGAGAAGAAACUAUUGAAGGAGAUGGGCUAUACUAAUUCACCUUUGCAUUCUUAUUCAGGCAAUGAGGACUUUGAGGCGAGUGAUUUCGACCUAUGCUGCAUAUGCUUUGAGCAGGCGUGUACUAUAGAGAUACAAAAAUGUGGGCACCAGAUUUGUGCACAUUGUACACUAGCCUUAUGUUGCCACAACAAACCUAACCCAACCGGGAAGAGUGACAACAUACUCCCAUGCCCCUUUUGCCGGAGCAGCAUCACCCAAUUGGUCAUUGCCAAGAACAAGGCCGAGAGCAAAUUAGAGGAAUUGAGCCCAUCUAGGUCCAGAAUGCCAAGAACAUCAUUCAACCUAGCUGAAGAUGGCAGCAGCAGUAAUAAUGCCUUCAAGGUUUUCUCACCCUUAGCCUCAUUUGCAAAGCUUGGUGGUCGCAAUUCAGCCCCUGUUGCGGAGAAGGCACCUUCGAUUCUUCUCAUUCGUCGUCCAUCAUUUACCCAUUUCGAAGAAUCCAUCCAUGGAGAACGUUGUUGGCAUCUAGGGAUUUCAAAAAUUAAAUACACCCAAAGCAAAAACCGGCUAUCUAUCUGAAGCGCAAAAUGUAUGAUGUUGCUGAAUUGAGAAUAUAUCACGGUGGAAAUUUAAAAAAAAAAGUCCUGAACAUUCCUAUGUGAAUGGUGAGCUUGGUAUUGUUAGGCUUGGCACGGAUUUGAUUUCAUUUCCUCACCUGGUGAAGUUUAUAACUGAACAGAGUUACAAAAAAGUGGAAUCCUUGUGUUUCAAAUUACCAGAAGAGAGCUUGAAGAACUUGAAACCAUUAUGGGAUGAUGCUUCCACCCUAGACCUAAUACAACUGGCCAUGAGCUGGGGCAAAGUUGAUAUAUAUGUGGAGCAUGGCAUAGAUAAGCCUGAGCUCAUUCCGCUCUUACCUCUAGCCUCUAGUGGGGAAGUCCUUGUGUUGGUGAUUUUUUUUCAUUUGUGUUCAAACUUAAGCAAGUGUCCUUGUAUAGAACCGAACGGGUGUUUGUCUGUGGUAUGGAUAAGAGGCUUACAACUAACCCUUUUACCAGGUUUAGACUAUUCACUAUUUAGUAUUUGAAAUUCUUGUUAUUUUCCAGAAACGUGGAACAUCUUUUUGGAAUGCAAGUUAUCAAAGAACACUAUACCAUUAUCUCAGUGGCAUUAAUGCAAAUUAUUUCUUUGACAUUAAGAUCCAAG